AGCACCCUCUCUUCAAUUCCAAUCCGUCCCUCUUUAUUUAUCCUCUCCACACUCUCUGAGUUUCAGCCAAAGCAGAGGCAUAGACAAUCCAACAAUUUCUUCUGUUCCACUAGCCACUAUCUUCACUCACAAACACAGAAACACAGAAAAGAAAACGAGUUGGGAGAAGAGAAGGGAGGGGUUUUUCAUGGGCAACAAUAGGUUCAGAUUAUCAGAUAUGAUGCCUAAUGCUUGGUUUUACAAGCUCAAAGAAAUGGGCAAAACAAGAAACCAUAACACCACCACUCAUUCCAUAAAGAAAAGACAAGCUACAUCAGCUGCUGAAACUCAGCAGCCACCAUCCAAACCAAAACAUCCUCAAUACAAUCCUUAUCCAAGAAAAUCAUACUACAUCACUAGAGAGCUUAUCUCAAGUGAACAAAUACCUCACACUUCUCCAAGAAACUCAAAAUCCACGUACACCAAUUUUCCUGACCCCCCAAGAAGAUCAUCGAAUCAAAGAAACAGGAGAAGAACCAUCAAGGCCUCUCCUAAGCAUGUCUCUGCAGGUUGUAACUGCCGUGCUACGCUCUGGACUAAAUCAGAUUCUCCUCCAGACUACUCAGCUUCUCUUUAUGAUGGUUCUCUUGACCAGGAGACAGAUUUCUCUGACUCAUUUCCACCAGAAUUCAAGUCGGACAGUGCUCUUGCUACCGUCUCAUUUGAUAAAAUGUUGUCUUGGUCAAGCUCUUGUGACUGCAAACUUGAUUCUAUUGACAAUGAUGGCAUUGUUAUCAGUGUGGAUAAGAAGUCUACUGCUAGGAAUUUAGAUAAUCCGAAAGUGUUUCAUAGCAUAUCUGAUCUUGAUCUUCCUCCAAUCGUAACAAAGCCUGCUAAAUUUGAUGAUCAACUUGAAGAUACCAAGAAGAAAGAAACCCAAGAACCAACCAAGUAUAGAAGGAGUCCAGCUAAAUACGAGGAAACAAAUGCUCAUGCCUCUUUAUCUGUCAAGGUUGUAAAAGAAGAGAGCAUUGCAGUGAAAGAAUACAAGACCAGUUCUGUCCGGAGAAAUUCUGUGACUUCACCAGGAGUCAGGCUAAGAGUCAAUUCUCCAAGAAUCUCAAAUAAGAAAAUCCAGGCUUAUAAUAAUGGUCGAAAGAGUGUGUCAUCGACGACAAGUUCAUCGUCGCGGUCGCGAAGAAGCCUUUCGGAUAGUUUGGCAGUUGUGAAAUCUUCUUUUGAUCCCCAGAAAGAUUUCAGGGAAUCGAUGGUGGAGAUGAUAGUGGAGAACAAUAUCAAGGCAUCAAAGGACUUAGAAGACCUUCUCGCUUGUUAUCUUUCACUCAAUUCUGAUGAAUAUCAUGACCUUAUUAUCAAGGUGUUCAAGCAAAUUUGGUUUGAUCUUACAGACAUCAAGUUGAAGUGAGAUAGAUCUUCAAUUGUAUAUUACCUUUUUCUUUAUUUUUUCCAAAUAACCAUGUUGUCAUUGUUAUAUAAUCCAAAUCGAAUAUCAGAUAAUUAAGUA